AUGGCCGACUCAGGCCGCUCCCUCUCUGAGCUUGCAGAUGUGGCUGCAGACGGUUCAACUCAGCUUGGCCGCUUCGCCCGGAUCGAGUCGGCCGCAUUCGUCUACCCCUUCACUACACCCAUCAUGUCCAAGCAAGGGGACUACGCUGCUGUCAAGAAGGACAUUCUUGCUGUUCUCAAGCAGCCCGAGUACGACGAUGGCUCUGCAGGCCCCGUUCUGGUGCGUCUGGCGUGGCACGCAAGCGGAACCUACUGUGCCGAGACCGACACGGGAGGAUCCAACGGUGCUGGUAUGCGCUACGAAGCCGAAGGUGGCGACCCUGCCAACGCCGGUCUUCAGCACGCGCGUGUCUUCCUCGAACCCAUCAAGGAUAAGUACUCUUGGAUCACCUACGCCGAUCUCUGGACGCUCGCUGGUGUAGUCGCCAUCGAGGCGAUGGGCGGACCCUCGAUCCAGUGGAAGCCCGGUCGUACCGACUUUGCCGACGACUCUCGUCUGCCCCCUCGUGGUCGUCUCCCUGAUGGCGCUCAGGGUGCCGACCACCUGCGCUUCAUCUUCAACCGAAUGGGCUUCAACGACCAGGAGAUUGUGGCGCUCUCUGGCGCACACAACCUCGGUCGAUGCCACUCUGACCGCUCCGGCUUCGAAGGACCCUGGGUCAACUCACCGACACGCUUCUCGAACCAGUACUACAAGCUGCUGCUCAAGCUCAAGUGGCAACCGAAGAAGUGGGACGGACCUUUCCAGUACGUCGCCAAGGCACCCGGUGCUGACGACGACGACGAACACCUCAUGAUGCUUCCUACCGACUACGCACUGAUCCAGGACGAGAAGAUGCGCCCUUGGGUGGAGAAGUACGCCGAGGACAGGGAUGCCUUCUUCCGUGACUUUGCCAAGGUGUUUGCCAAGUUGAUCGAGUUGGGCGUGUACCGCGACGAAUCAGGCAUCGCCAAGGCGGACAAGAUGAAGCAGUACAAGGGAGAGUACAAGUCGGCACCGCAAAAGGCGCCGGUGCCUGGUGCACCGGGUGCGGGUAAGGACGGAGAGGCGAAUCCCCUGGCACGCCAGAAUGAGAGGGCCCACAGGCAACCACAGCACGCCCUUGCCAAGCUUUAG